AUCUAAAAUCUGAAAAAUCCAAGAUUUGAUUAAAUAAUUUAUGUUAAACAGCAAGUUUUCGGCUUAAUAAUAGUGCUAACAAUAUUUAAGGGAAUCGUCGCACUUAAUACACGCAUAAACCGCGUCCAGUUGCGAACACUCACACACCGCACACACACAACACACUCGCAGCAAUUGACAUUUGCGAUCUGUGCUGCGCCUCCUUUACUCACACACACACACACAUACAGUGGCUCCCGUCGCAAUUUCACAGCUGCAACGCAAAUUCGAAAAAGGAGUUGGAAAAUUUGCAUCAAGUGUCACGGAAAAGCGCAAUUAAAACGCGUUAGAAAAAUGGAACAGAAGCAGCAGCCGCAUUUAAUUGGCAGGUUGAAGAACUAAGCAACACAACUCGCUGCUGAGCCUCUUGGGGGCGGGACCAUGAGGAGCAUGUUCCGUCCGAUCAAGAAGAUUUUCACGUACAUUCAGAAAAAUGCAAGUGCUGGAGCAAUGUUUGGGACAACAACAAGCAGCAUAAUAAAGCCGGAGGAUGAGAGCGCCACAAGCAACCAACUGGAGCAGGCAGAGAAACUGGAGCUGGCGCAGCAGCUGCCACUGGAGCAGGUGCAGGAGACGAAGGCGGAGCAACAACAACAACAACUGGACGAUGAGGACAUUGAGCGUCAAAUAAAAACAUCGAUCAUUGAUGCGAGCAAGGUGCAUGCGGCAAAGGCGAAACUUGUGCAGCCUCUGCAACUGCAGCUGGACGAUGAGCUGGCGGACUUUGUGGACGAACCGCUGGCACUGGCCAGUGUGGGUGUUGAUGUCGAGGAGGAGGAUGACGACGACGACGAUGUUGUCGAUGAAGAUCUGGAAGAACAGUUUCUCGAACUGGACAAUUUUCCAAACAAUGAGAUUAUUGUGCUGAGCGAUCAAGAUCUAAACUCAUCGCUUGCCUCCGACAACAUAUCCGAGGAUCCCCUGGCCAUAGAUGACUACGCCCAAAAGGAGGUUGACGACGACGAGGAGGAGGACGAAGAAGAAGCGGACAGCAGCGGCGAUCUGCUCUGGCUCAAAUUGGACACACCAAGUGCGCAGCUUACCAUCGGCAGCAGCAGCAGCUGCAAUAGUGUUCUUCCCGUUGCAGGCUGCAUCAUCAGCAGCUCCUCCUCAGCAGCAGCUGUAACAGCAGGCACAGUUAUUAAGCCACCCACCAGGCGGCGAGAGGAGGAGCUGCGCAGCGAUGCUGGCUCCGAUUCGGGUCUGGGUGGUGAAAACGACAGACAAACCACAACAACAACAGCAACAACAACGACAAGCUUGCAGAAGCCGCUCCGCUCCAAUUUGAAGCGUCGUCUGGAUGAUGAUGCCAUGGAGCUGGAACUGCUACCCAUCUCGAGCUGCUCGUCGAUCACACAGAAGCGGCCCAAGCGUAGCAUUAAUUUCGAUAACGUUAAGAUCUACUAUUUUCCACGGCAACAGGGCUUUGGCUGUGUGCCCACCGCCGGCGGCUGUACACUGGGCAUGGGCGCCCGGCAUAUUGCCUUCAAGACCAUGACGCUGGCGGAGCAUGCGUCUGAGCUGCGGCGCGCUCAUCGUAGCCAGAAUCAGGAGCAGCAACAGCAGCAGGCACAGCAGCAACUGCAGCAGACGCGUGGCUCCAGCAGCGAUGAUAGCGAAGAGUCCGAGGAGGAUUAUUUGAGCGAGGGCAGCGGCUCCGAUGCCGACGAUGGCUCCAAUGGGUUCCUGCAGCCGGUGACGCCCAAGCAGCGACGUGUCCUGCUCAAGGCGGCCGGUGUGCGCAAGAUCGAUGCCAGCGAGAAGAUCGACUGCCGGGACAUACGCAAUUCGCGCGAGGUGUGCGGCUGCUCGUGUCGCGAAUUCUGCGAUCCGGAGACGUGCGCCUGCAGCCAGGCGGGCAUCAAGUGUCAAGUGGAUCGCGCCAUGUUCCCCUGCGGAUGUUCGCGCGAGGCAUGCGGCAACACCGUCGGCCGCGUCGAAUUCAAUCCGACGCGUGUGCGCACCCAUUAUAUACACACCGUGAUGCGGCUGGACAUGGAGCAGCGCCAGAGCGGCACACUCCUCGGCGGCGAACAGUGGCAGUGGCAGCGGCAGCAGCAGCGUCGGCAACACUCGGCGGUGGCAGCCGCUGCUGCAGCUGCUGCCGCCUCCUCGCACUGUUUCUUCAUGCAGCCGCAGUCGAAUUACAGCUCCGGCUAUGCCUCACCAGCCUACACGCCCGAGACGAGCGUCAGCUACUAUCAGCAGCAGCAGCAGACGCCGCAGACCUCACCCGGUUCCACGGUCAAUGGCAACGCGACGCAGCCGCAGUCCAGCUAUGCGACGAUCUAUCCACAGUUGGACAGCCUCGAUUCGGGCCUAUUUACCACCGGCAGCAAUGCCACGCCCUCCUACGGUGAGCUACUAACGCCCACCUUUCAUCAGACCAUCAGCUAUGGCAGCAACCAGCUCAACUCUUACAACGGGUAUCAGCAGACGACGCCAAAUACAGGAGGUGGCAUUGCAGCCACCGUCGGUGGCUAUAGUUCGUGUGCUGUGCCAUCUGUGCCGCCGUUUGGAAAUGCCACAACCACCGCCUCGAAUGCGACGCAAUAUCAGAAUGCGAAUGCGUUAGGAACGACCGCCGCCACAAUGAUCAGCAUCAGCAACAGCAGCAGCAUAUCCAUAACGGCCAGCAGCUGUGCCAGCGGCCUGGCCCGGAUCGGUGGUGGUGGUGGUGGUGGUGUUGUCGGCGCUGGCCCCGUGGAUUUCAUCAGCCUGAAUGCGCCCAUAAGCAGCUCGUCGCGUCUGUCGCAGAUCAACGAUCUGUUGCAGCACAAUCGUAAUACCACCGUGGCUUUGGUUGCCGUCUCAGAGGGCUAUGCCGCUGUGCGGAGUAGCAGCAGCAGCAACAGUUGCAGCGCCAGUAGCACCAGUGGCACCACAACAACCAUCAACACAAGCACCACCAUCGAUUCAAUUGACACGCCGCCCAUUGUGGAGGAGGCGCAGCGCAGCUGCAUGACCUUCGAGGGCCUGCCACCGCCGCUAAUCAAUCCCACGCCAAUUGUCGCCGUUCUCGAUCAGCAGCCGCAGCACAAACAGCUCAUGGGUGUGGCAACAACGCCACAGCCACGCCAGCCGCUGGAUGCCAGCGCCAGUCUAGCCGAGUCCUUACCGAGCAGCAGCAAUUAAAGCUUGGCAGCGAAACAACUGGCAUAGUUUUUAUAGAAAUGAUAUACACAGCAGAAGACUUAAUUAUGUUUAAGUGGUGGCAGCGUCGGAAUCAAAAACAAAAAUAUUAUGCGUGUCUACACAUUAUAAUUUGUGCCCCACACAUCUUCCUCGCCUCUGCGUACUCUUCCGUACUCUGCAGCAGCAGCAGCGGGCUACACAUAAAAAUGCCUGCUCGCCUUGUAUAAAUCAGUUUUAAUUGUUACAAUUUACAAUUACUUAGUCUUAAGUAUAUAUUGUAAUUUUAGUCACUUCGUUGCUUAGGUUGGCAUCUUGAAUAAUUCGUGAUUUUAUUUUCUUUUCGUUUUGCAACAAGUAAUACAAGAAGCAUUGUAAUCAUCUAAUCUACAGAGACGAAAUCACCAGCUACUUCCUUAUGUCUAGCGUUGUCCCAACGAAUUUAAUCCAGCUGAGCCUUGAACAAUUCAUGUAUAAAAACGAAAAAUAUCCUUUUUAAUUAUUACUAUUU